UACGUGCAAUCUGAGAGCCUCAACAUCCACAGCAAGCCCGCUAAACCAGGACCGAGUGUCAGAGACAAGCCCGGCGGGAUCAACAAUGAGCGAAAUGGGCGGUGGAGAUUUGCCGGCGGAGCCUAAAGUCGAACAGCUCAUGGGCAAGCUAAGGCUGCUUCAACGAGAGAAAAGGCAACUAGAAGAAGAAAUUAGACACGCCCAAUCCGUUCAUGACUCACUGCGGAAGGAGCUUUUAGAUUUACGAACUGAAGUUAAUAACCUGGAAGGAGUCCAUAAAGAUAAAGAAGGGACGUGCAGGAAGCUGCAGUUGCAGUGUGAAGAGUCAGAGCAGGACUUUGACAGGCAGCUGAACCAGAACAAGACGAGCGAGAAGUUGCUGGAGCAGUACCGAUGUGAAAUCCAGGAAGUCAAGCUGAAACACAGGAAGCUGCGAAUGAGAUUUGAAAACCAACUUCUGCAACUGAUAGAGCAGCACAAGCAGCUUGACUACCUCUUCAAUCCAAAGAGAGUCCCAGACGAAUUGAAGAAAGCCGAAGAUAAAAAACGUCAGCUUUUAUCAGCUGAACAAGUGAAGUUGGCUCAGCUGCACAAACUCCAUGAAGAGUUCGAGGAGGCGAAGAAACAGAAGCAGCUGGAUGCAAUGAUGCAUGAGUAAAUCUGCUUACUCGUUGCUACUUUUAAAGACUUAGUCCUUUGUUCCCAUAAUCUUUCAGGUAAAUUUAAACAUAUUUCCUUCAUGUAUGUGUUUAGAUUUCCUUAUUGAGAUAGUAAGCCCUAAACAGUCUCAUACAUUUUACCUUUGUCUAAGAUGGUUGUUAAAUAUUUGACUGACUUAUAUUGUUUGUUUUGUGUGAGUUUCUUUGUAUUUAUUAUCUAAAUUGUAAUAUUUCUAAGUUACUGUUAGCAUUGAAUCUAAAAUAUGUUUUCGGUUUUGCUGUCCGUGACCCCAUUAAUAAGAUGUUCUAUACUGAUGUUAAAGUGUUCGCAAAUUUCUAAACAUUAAAA